AUGAACAACGCAUGCCAGGCUUGGAGAAUAGGGAAAGAGGAUAAAGAAAUGAGAGAUAACGAGAAGGACGAACGAAAUAUUCUCUUCAUUCAUUGUUCGUUCAUCGCUUCUCUCUUCUCUUUCUUUAUCAUCUUUCAUUGCUUUUCCUUUAUAUUUCUUCUCUCUUUCCCUUUGCCUUCUUUCAUGCUUUCUUUUCACUUUGUUCCAUUACAUUAUAAAGAAGGCAAAGAGGAAAGGGAAACGAGAAGAAGCAUAAAGGAAAACAUGAAGAGAGUAUUUUGUUUCUUUUUCCUAUUGAAUUAA